AUGUCUCUGGCCCAGAGAGUCCUCCUAACCUGGAUAUUCUCCCUCAUCUUCCUCAUCAUGCUGGUCCUCAAACUGGACUCCAAGAUCCCCUGGAACUGGUUCCUCAUCUUCCUCCCUGUAUGGAUUUUUGACACAAUCCUCAUCCUCAUGCUGGUGGUGAAGAUGGCGGGUCGGUGCAAGCCCGGCUAUGACCUGCGUGACGGCCAGCAGAACCUGCGACGGAGGGUGUGGUACCUAGUGGCCAUGCUGCUGAAGCUGGGCUUCUGUCUGACGCUGUGCGCCCGGCUGGAGAGGCUGAUGGAGAUCUCGCUCAGUGUGGUGUGUGUCCCCCUCUGGGCCCUACUGGUCGGGGCCAUGGUGGAGCUGGGCUACAAUGUCUUUCACUACCGCAGAGAGUGA